UUUGCAAAGCGAAAGGAUCGUCGGAUACUUAAGCCACAACCGAAUUCAUUGCGCGCCUGUAUUACGGGUAGUACGGCAGCGGUGACGCGCUGCUGAGGGGCGCGUGCAGAGGCAGAGGGGACAGCUCCCGGUGCUGAAGCACAGGCACAGGCGAAGAAGAAAACACGUAUAGCACUAAAAUACAACUCAGAUUCUGCUUCAGAAACACGGACAGACAGAGAUUAAACCGAGGCCUUCAACACAGAUGGCUGCCACUCAGGAUGUUAAAGGGAAGGGGGAGGGAGGAGACCAGAACUUCGACUACAUGUUCAAAUUGCUGAUCAUCGGCAACAGCAGCGUGGGAAAGACGUCUUUUCUGUUCCGCUACGCCGACGACGCCUUCACUUCAGCCUUUGUCAGCACAGUGGGCAUCGACUUCAAAGUCAAGACGGUGUAUAAGAAUGACAAGAGGAUCAAACUGCAAAUCUGGGACACGGCAGGCCAGGAGCGCUACAGGACCAUAACCACUGCCUACUACCGCGGCGCCAUGGGCUUCAUCCUCAUGUAUGACAUCACCAACGAGGAGUCCUUUGGAGCAGUGCAGGACUGGUCCACCCAGAUCAAAACAUACUCCUGGGACAACGCUCAGGUGGUUCUGGCUGGUAAUAAGUGUGACAUGGAGGAGGAGAGGGUGGUGUCGGUGGACAGUGGCAGACUGCUGGCGGAGCAGCUGGGCUUUGAGUUCUUUGAAACCAGCGCCAAGGACAACAUCAACGUGAAGCAGACCUUUGAGCGCCUGGUGGACCUCAUAUGUGACAAGAUGUCUGACAGCAUGGACAGCGAUCCAGCCGCCACUGCAGGAGCGCCCACCGCCAAACUUACAGACAGUGCUCCACCUCUGCAGCAGCCCGGCUGCAACUGUUAGUUCAUUCACAGGGUCCAGGCUCAGGAAGGGAGAGGGGCAUUUAAAAAAAAAAAAAAAAAAAAAAAAAAAGCUUGAUGUCUGACCACUGAGGUUAAAUAGAGUUUGGAUCCUAUGUCAGUGUAAUCUCUCCGCUUAGUGCUGCUUACUCUGGACCACAGUUCACACACCUUGUUUUUGUGAUAGAAGCUCAAGGUCGCCAUUAUAAUAUCACCAUAGGUCACAUAACCGGAUAAACAUAGAUACUUAAACAACAGUGUCUGUAACACGACUAAAUAUCAACCAUCUACCAGCUCUGUUUGCAUGGACAGCAUCAUAAUACUCCUUCUAUGUUUAGAUCGGCCCAAAGCUUGAAACCUUUUCAAAAGCUGGAGUCGCAAAUGAGGGUCAAUGAGCGAAACAUGCAAGAAUCAUGGGGAAGUUCAAAUGAACCUGGCUGCUCCUCAUGAAAUGAAGUCCUCGCUCCUCACAGUGCGAACAAUGUUUCAUGAGAAACACGGGCUACUGGUGCUGCUUUUGAUGCUAACGCAAGUGAAACACCUCACUAGCAAGCUGAAACUGAAACUAGCUUUUCAAGACACAGCUAUGAAGCUAAACACAAAACGAUGUUCCUGAUGUUUUUUUUUUUUUUUGCAUCAGCUCUAAA